AUGGCUUUGUUGAUUCUUCUUAUGGCACUCAUGUCCUCAGCCACUGCCAUAGACACUCCUUCAAGAAACCAAGUCAUUCCUACAGCCAUAGAAGAAAUGCAGAGAGCCAAUUACUUCACAUUUGUAAUGCUCCUAAAGAUGGCCCCUUCUGACCUUAUUAAUGGCAACAUCACAUUCUUGAUGCCUAACGACCGGAUUCUUGCAAAAGCCGGGAUGCCGGAGAGCAGAGUGGUCAACUUCUUGCUCGGCCACUCGAUCCCUUCACCUCUUCUUAUGGAACACCUACUGCAUUUCCCCACAGGUACCUUGAUCCCAACAUCUAUGCCUGGCUUUGUCCUCAAAAUUUCAAACGAUGGCCGAAGCCGGUUUUUUCUCAACAACGUUAGAAUUAUUAGUCCUAAUAUUUGUACUCGAGGGUCUAUAAGAUGUCAUGGCAUAGAUGGAGUAGUACAGGCCACAUCAAUUAUGCCCCAGCCUGACAUAGUCCCGCCUGCUUGUCCUAGUAAUAGUACCCGAGGAGGUACUCCAGUGGCUGCUGCCCCUCCAACAGCCCCAUCGUCGCCAUCACCAGAAUCUUUGGCUCCGGUUCCGGUAACGGCCCCACCACCUGCUGAUUCAAAUGGUAGUCCCCCAACUUCCAAUUCUCCUCGGAUAGGCAAUGCAGGACUACUCGAUUUUGGAGUGACAAUUUUUAUGGUAUUUUUGUUUAUCUAG